AUGACCACAGCAUAAAAGAUUGCCGAAAUUGAGGCUGAGAUGACAAGGACCCAAAAAAACAAGGCCACAUCCUACCAUUUAGGAUUGUUGAAGGCUAAAUUGGCUAAACUCAAGAGAGAAAUGAUUGACUCUUCCUCUAAAAAGGGUGGUGGCACUUAAGAAGGAUUUGAAGUUUCUAAGAGUGGGGAUUCUCGUAUUGGUAUGAUAGGAUUUCCUUCUGUGGGCAAGAGUACGCUGCUUACAAAACUUACAGGAGUGUUUUCUAAAAUUGCAGCUUAUGAAUUUACUACUCUGACAUGCAUACCUGGAGUGUUACAACACAAAGGGGCUAAAAUCUAAUUGCUUGAUUUACCAGGAAUUAUCGAGGGUGCUAAGGACGGCAAAGGUCGAGGUAAAUAAGUUAUUGCAGUGGCUCGUACUUGCAAUUUAAUUUUGAUUGUGUUGGAUGCCACAAGACCUAUGGUUCAUAAAAAAAUCAUAGAAAGAGAACUUGAAGGAUUUGGCAUCAGAUUGAAUAAAUAACCACCAUAAAUAGAAUUCAAGAAACGAGACAAAGGAGGUAUCACCAUUUCUAGAACACAGGAUGCUCCAAGAUUAGACGAUGAAACAAUUAAAGCCAUCCUACGUGAAUAUAAGAUCAACAAUUGUGACAUCAACCUUAAAUGUGAUGCUACUGACGAAGACUUGAUUGAUGUUAUUGAAGGCAAUCGUAAGUACAUCCCAUGUCUUUACAACUCAACGUUUUGGACAAGAUUCCACAUUACGUGCCCAUCUCUGCCUUUUUGGAAUGGAAUUUGGAAUGAAUUAGUGGAAAGAAUUUGGGAUUACUUAGAUCUCAUUCGUAUCUAUACCAAACCAAAAGGAUUAGAACCAGAUUACAAUGCUCCUGUUAUUGUGCAAAGAAAGUUUUCAACAAUCACCGAUUUUUGUAAUAAGUUACACAAAAGUAUGAUUAAGGAUUUCAGAUAUGCACUAGUUUGGGGAGCUAGUGUGAAAUACAAUCCACAGAAAGUAGGAAAGGAUCAUUAAUUAUUAGAUGAAGAUAUUGUUUAAAUUGUUAAAAAAAUCUGA